AUGGCUCGUCUUUCAAUCAUAUCGGCAGUUUUGGCACUGGCCUCCACAGCCUGCGCCCAAUGCGGUUCAGGAACGCCAGAUGCUCGAGUUACUGGAUCAGGUAGCUCAUUCACAGCUACCAAGGGCUCAAGCAACGUCUACACUGGCUCUGACUAUCGUGCUGCCAUCCAGGCUGCGUUGGACUCCAUCAGCAGUGGGCAGCGCGUUGCUGUGAUCGCCUCUGGUUCCAUUGGUGCCAACACCAUCACUAUUGCCAGCGGCAAGAUCUUUGAAGGAUGCGGAACGAUCAAUGUGGGUACCAAGUCAGGUCGCGGUGCCAUUGAAUCGACCGACACCACGAAUGUCCAAAUCCCAUAUCUGACCAUGACUGGCAAUCCCUACUUCGGUCUGAGAUUCUCAGGUACAAAGGGUCUCACUCUGGGCAAGAUCAACAUGAAUCUGAGCGGCGGACUUGGCAUUCGAUUCGAUCGAGACAAGGCCGCGAACUCCAAUGUGAAGAUGGACACAAUUACUGUCACCGGUGCUGGCAGUCACGCCGUUGAGACUUGGAACAUCGAUGGCCUGACCAUCAAUUCCGUCAUUGCUAAGAAUGUUGGCGAGUGCGGUCUCCUUUUGCAAAAGACGACCAAUGCGCGUGUCGGACUCGUCGAUGGAAACAACGUCGCGGCAGGAAACGGAUACGCGACUUUCCGCAUGGCCAACGAGAACGGUCGUCAAGCCAACGGCGGCUACGCGACAAAUGUCUACAUCGAUAAGGUGGUUUCACGUGGCGGCGGACGAGGUGUCUUCUGUGUAUCCCAGUCUGGAGGUGCAGAGAUCAAGAGCGUCGACCUGGCCAACAAUGGUAACAACGCUGUUCUCAUCGAGAAUUGCAACAAUGUCAAGAUUCUUGGUGGAACUGUCAAUGGUGGUGGUGAAGUUCGUCUUGCGGCCCGCACCGAGUUUGCGAACAAUCGUGACAUCAGCAUCACUUUGAAAGUUGAUGGCACUACCGUCCGAGAGAGCCCUUGUGGAGAGAACACAAAAUGGAAUCUUUCUGGCUCAGGGGGCAGGACUAUCUGUUAG